AUGGCAACCUCUCGCGACGAUCGAAUCGCGCUAGCGCGUCAUAAUUAUCCCCAAUCACCAUUCAAUCGCACGCGUGAACGAAACUAUGAAUUCAAUAUGGAUCCCAACCUUCCAACUUCCCCCAAACAGAAUGACACUCGAAAUCGCCAUACUUAUCGAACGGGUACAUUAGCCGGAGCAUAUCGAGCGGCAUCGCGAGCAUCGUUGGAGGAAGGCAUACAGCUAGGCUCGUCCCCUAGUCCUCGACAGGCUCGAAGGCCAUUCGGCGCGUUCUCUCCCAAAUACGAGACCUCAAAUACCCCGUUAGAGCUGCAUGAUCCAUAUCGAAGAAACGAAGAAGACGGAAUACCUGGAAGUCAUGCAUUAUUUGAAGGGUUGGGUGGAUCACGUCGUGCUCGUUCCGGAAGUCGAACAAGCCGCACGUCAUCUCACACGCGGGACCAUGACUACGGUGAAGUUGUUAAUCAUGGACUUGCAAUUUCAGAGGCGAGCCUCUUUAGCGAAAACGAACGAUAUUCCCCUCGCCGGAGGACCUCAGACUACACCAAAGACGAGCAGCGCCUGAGACGUGUGACGGGCAAGGAUUCCCCGGUGUUCAGCAGAGCCAAGGUUGGAGCUCGAGCAGCUUUAACGGCGGAUAACCUCCAGAGGCGGGAAGAUGAAGUUGAAGAGGUUGAGAGUCAGCAUGUCUCAGAGGAUGACAACGAAAAUGGCCCAUCGUUAAAUCUGCCAACUACCUGGGGAAGCCGAGCAAAUCGCCGACAAGAAUGGCUUCGAAAUGUCAGCGAUCGUAGCGUUUCAGACCAAUCGAAAGAACGAGAGGCGGAACUGCCAAAACCGAAAACAUCUGAGAUUCGACCAGAAACAAACACAAGACCAAAGGAUACCUCGAUCCCUAAGUUUCGUACUUCUCCACGUGCGCUGGAGCGGCGCAACCCAACUCGGAAUAUCCUUGAGGAACGGACUGUCAAUCCUCCUGUACAGCAAGCGCCAGCAUUUACAUUUACAAAUGGUGGAAAUAAUAUGGGUUCACGUCAACAUUCACCCGAGGAUGGUGAUCCCAUUCCAAAUACCCCCAUUGUUGUCUUCAAAGGCUCUAAUUAUACCAAGCCAAACCUACCGAAGCGAGACUCGCAAGACCUGCUACGCCGAUUGUCAAGAACCGAAAGUCCAAAACUGGAGCAGGUGCAGACCCCAGAUCCACCGAAAUUGUUUGAACGCCGCAUAUAUGAUAAAACACCUCGAGUAACGGGUGCAUGGAUCGAUACGCCUAUGACCGAGAAAGUUGCUCAACUUCCGGCCGAUCUUACCAAAGACAUUGUCUCUCCUCCUGUGGUUUCACCUCCCGUGGUCUCCAGCAAUGUUGAAGCCCCGGUUGAACAAAUCAAACCCCCAGUACAAACUCAACCCAAACCUAAGAGUCAGAAGAAUGAGUCAGUCUGUACAAAAGAGACUCCGACUGAAGAAUCACAGCCGUCGAAAUCAUCGAAACAUACAGUUGUUCGACCGAAGCUACCGAAAAGUGGAUUGGAAACCGUUAUCGAGGACAUGAACUCUGGGAAAGAGUCAUUCGAUGUGUCAGAUGACACUAUCGAGUCUCUCCAGGCAAUUAUGGACGAUCAAAGCGCAUUGAAAACAGAGGAGGAGGAGGAAGCAGCAUACGAGAAGGAGGUUAUUGAAAAACUGAAACUAGCUGAGACAAAUGGGCAGAAGUUGUAUGACACCACACGAUUGGAUGACAAAUUGACAUCCCUCAAAACACAUAUCGAACAAGUGAAGCAUGGUCUCAACCGCCUGGAAAACCAUGUCGCUCGGCAGGAUUCUAUCAUAUCACAACCUAGCUCCUCAACGACCAAAGAAAAGGAAACCAAAGAGAAACCCCAGACUACCCACUCGCACACAAUCAUCGAGACCUGCAAGCACUGUGAAUCAAACUCCAAUGGGCGCAUCUACGCUGCAAUCCCGCUGCCUCGGCUCUGGAAAAGAAAUCCAUCUACCAGACGCCGCCAGCUCACAAAACUUGGCUGGUUCACCUUGGUAUCAUUCACGUGGUAUGUCAUCGAAUGCACGAUGAUUGAGCUGUACAGCCACCCACUCUAUUCGGACACCUGUGAGGGCUACUGUCUUCAACCUGAUGCCCCUGAAUUCCCAUGGGUGACCACCACGAUGUUAUGGCGAUGGUCUCAUUUGUCGACCGUCCUUAUGCCUGUUUUCACGGUCAUUAUAGCUAUGGUUCGUCUUUUUGCACAGCUGCUGGGUCUAUGGGAUGGGUAUGUCGAUGAACCAGGACAAUUGGGAAGUCUUAUUGGUGAGAUCAGAAUCAAUGGUACCCCGGUCUCGUUUCCGUGGCUGUCAUCACCGACUUCUGAAGGCAUUCCACCUCCGCAGGAGCCUGCGUGGACGCAGUGCAGCGAACCACCGCGUGUGGAAAUGCCUGUUACUUGGGGGGAUGAUCUGCCUCUGCCUUCGAUGGAUGAGGAUGAAUAUCUUUAG